GGUAGGCGUAAAUGGACAGUUCUUACAAUGUAGGGAAGUAAGCAGUGGAGCUUCCCAGGAACUUCAUUAGGAUCUGUAUUUAAUUCAUUCAUAAAUUAUGUGGAACUGGGAUUGAGCUAUGAACUGGCCAAGUUGGUAGAUGAUACCAAAUUAUUCAGAAUGGUGAAAAUUAAAGCCAGUGUGAAGAUCUUCCAGAGGAUCUUUCUAGAUCUGUGAAUGAAUAACAAUCUGGCAAAUGAAGAUCAAUCUGCCCUUAGAGUUUAUGAGGACAUUUUUGUUGCUUGUCUGUGGAAGGAGAAGCAAGAGGAACGGAGAUUAUCUAUUGAGUGACUGCUGCAGGAACUCCCCUGUUUGUUUCAGUCUUUGCUACUGAAGCAAAUUCACCUUUCAGCUUCAAGCCAGAACGGACUCAAGAUCUUUUAAGACAAGUAAUUUUCUCUAGGGCUUGCCUGGAGGCAUUAUGACCACCAUAGCCCCCCCUAGAGGCUGUGGAAACAUAAGCAGUGACUAUUACUUACUCUGUGACACUGUCCAGGACUGGGGCAUUGUUCUAGAAAGCCUGACUACAGCUGGUGUUCUCACCACCAUCAUCCUCAUACUGGUGCUUUUGGGCCUUAUAUGUAAAGUCCAAGACAACUUUAAGAGAAGCCUGGUCCCAGUUCAGUUCUUCUUCCUUCUGGGCACUCUAGGAAUCUUUGGCCUCACCUUCGCCUUCAUCAUCAAGCUCAAUGAGAGAACUGCUCCCACUCGUUUCUUUCUUUUUGGGGUCCUCUUUGCCCUCUGCUUCUCCUGUCUCCUUGUUCAUGCCUUCAACCUUAUCAAGCUGGUGAGAGGAAGAACCCCAAGUUCAGCACCAGUGUCACUGGUUAUCACCCUCAGCCUCACCAUUGUACAAAUCAUCAUAGCCAUACAGUAUGUAGCCAUCAAUAUAGCAACAUUACAGAAGCAGAGAGAUGUAAUGGACCAUCAAACCCGUGAUGACUUUGUUUUGCUUCUCAUCUAUGUGCUGUUCCUCAUGGCCUUACUCUUUGUAGCCUGUAUGUUUGUAUUCUGUGGGCAAUACAGAAGAUGGAAGAGGCAUGGAGUACACAUAUUCAUCACUAUCUUGUUCUCCAUUGGCAUCUGGGUGGCAUGGAUCACCCUGCUCACGGAACCCAACCGAAAUGCCACCUGGAAUGAUCCUGUUAUGAGUGUUGCCUUGGUAACUAAUGGAUGGGUCUUCCUGAUUGUGUAUGUGCUGCCUGAAUUUUGCAUCCUUACUGCUCCACAAAAGCCUGGAGACUACCCUCCAGAAAAUAGUUUCUGCCAGCCUAAACACUUGAAGAGAAACUAUGGAGUAGAGAACCAAGCUUAUGCUCAGGAGGACAGCACACAAGAAGAAACUGGAGAUCGUACAUACAUUCCAUAUUCAACUCAUUUUCAGCUGGAGACCCUUCCAUCUCAACAAGAUUUCUCCAUUCCACGGCCUAAAACACGGUCUAGUCCAUACCAGGAAUAUGCUGGUGGGAAAGGGGUCAAAUAACAGCUGCCUGGAAGUACCAAUGCAGAGUUGACUAAGGGCUGGAAAUCCUCACAAAUAAUUUGGUGCUUCAGUUAUAUUAAACAGUGAUGGAACUUGAUGCUACUGUGGAUGAAGGAAGAUUUGCUUUCUUUUUUCUCCCAAAUGCUGUUGUAUUUGUUUCUGCACAUGUGGCACUUUAUACUUUUUAAUUCAUUCAUUUCCUUCAUUUAAAGAAUCUCUGUGUCCUUUCUGAAUUUUGCUGAGGCAUCUUUACCUCAGCGUUUUGUCCAAGCUCAUUUUACCUCACAAUAUGAGAAUACAAAGAGCACAUCCCUCCCCAUUCAUGAAUGCCUGAAGGGCAUGCAAGUAAAGAGCUGACUACUCUUCACCAAGACCAUUUUCCCACUUAAUCCGAAACACUGAAAUCAGCAGGAAUAGUCAGUGAUAAUUUCUUUUCUGGCAGGUGACUAUCUGUGACUUUAUUUGUGAUUAUACUAGGUCCAUAUAACACUGUCUUCAUAAAAUGCUACAACCUCUCCUGGCAACUCUUGAAUAAUUAAAUAAAGCACUGGAUUUUUUUUUACAGGAAUCACAGUAUUUUACAAUGGUAGCCCUCCAUGUUGUCUAUAGAGCAAGAAAGACAUGGAAGAUAGGGAAACAGGUUUUUAAACUAACUUUAAAAUGAACAUUUGAUCAGCUUUGACUUAGAUUUUUCUUCACUGACCUCUCAUUUACUUAACUGAUUUCUACUCUGACUCUAUCUUACAGAGUCUUCCUGAGGCAAUAGCUAACUUGUUCUGGAGUCAGGAUCCAAACCAGACAUGAACCAGGAGAGUACUUCAGCUCUUUACUCUCAUUCCAUUGUUUCUCUUGUGAUAUCUUGUCUCUGGAAGCAUGAUUGUAUAGUGUCAGAAUAUAAUAAUUGCCUUGCUGGAUCAUACAGAAGAUCUGAUGGCAAAUGCUUUUUCCCAUUCAUGUGAACACUCAUAAAUGCAUGAAGCUGCCUUAUACUGGACCCUUGGACCAUCAAAAUCAGUAUUGUCUAUUCAGAUUGGCAGCGGCUCUCCAGGGUCUCAGACUGAGAUCUUUCACAUCACCUACUGCCAAAUCCUUUAACUGGAGAUGCUGGGAUUGAACCUAGGACCUUCAGUAUGUCAAGCAAAUGCUCUACCACUGAGCCAUGGCCCCUCAUCCUCCCAGAUGCCUCUCUAGGAAGAGUUACAAACAAGUCACACCAUUUGGCAGUCAGAAAUAUACAUACAAGUAGGGGGCCAUGAGACUCAUGGAAGGGGGAAUCUCAUUCUCCCUCACUUUCUCACUGAGCCCAGAACACCCUUUCUCGCAGCUGCCACUGGGCCUGGUGCUUUGCUUCUGCAGCCCCUGGGCUUUCUGGUACCUGUGUCAGGCCUGGGGCAGCCCCCAAGCUUUCCAGGAACUGCCACUCAGGGUGAAUCCUAGGCUCUCCUGCAGCUGCCAUUUGACUUGGUGGAAGCCCCAGGCUGCUUUAUUGCCAUGCCCCCCCCCCCCCCAGCACAGCUCCUGGACUCUCCUGCAGCUACCACUGCGCCUGCUGGGGGCCCAGGGCUGCUUCUCUGCCACAGCCCCUGGGCUCUCUGUCAGCCAAUGCCAGCCCCAGUGCAACCCCUGGGCUUUCUGGUUGCUGUUGCUGGGCCUGGUGCCCCCCCCAGCUUUCUGGAAGUUGCUGCCUGGCUCAGUGCAGCCCCUGAACUUUCUGGCAGUUGCCAUCUACCCUGGUACAGCCCCCAGGCUGCUUUGCCACUGCUACACCCUGGGCUAUCUGGAAGCCACUGCCUGAUCUGAGGUAACCCCUGGACUUCUUUGUCACUGAGUCUGCUGCAGCUCUCAGGCUCCACCAUACCCAGGCAGGAAGGAAACAGCAUUCUCUAUGCCUGUGCAGAGAACACUAUUUUAUUUUGGGGGGGAUUUAAACCCCCCAUAUAUAUUGUUAACAUUUCAGAUUUCUCUGCAAACUUGGGGGACUCCCAAGUUGCUGAAAAAUCUGGUUAGGAUCCAUGUGGCCUCAAUCUGCAGAUUUAGGUAUUCUCAGAUGGGGUCCACAGGUCACUAACAGUAUACAGACAGAAGCUCCAUUUUUAGUUUUACUGGUUAAAAUUAACAGAGAAGUCCAUCUUUCCUGAUAUGCCAUCUGGCCAUAUCUUUUUAGAGCAUAAGCUAUCACUUUGAUUAUAAAAGUGGCAUGGGCCUUUUUUGGUCCCACAAUUAACACCAGUUGAAGGACAGUAUAUAUAUGGAGACAAUGAAUGCACAUGAUGUACCUCCAUCUUCCUCCAACUACAUGUUGGAGGACAUGUCUAUAUUCAUGGAGUCAAUAACUUGAUCCAGAGGGUAUUUCCAUAGAUCUUAAUGCCAGUAAAGGUAAUGGCACUGAACUGUCCAUAGAUCUCCUCCUGAAAAAUCUCUCUCUACCAAUUGCACUAAUUUCUGUCCCUCAUCUUUUGCGUAGACUGCUGUACUAAUGAUUCCUUUGCUUCUGCUCCAUCACAGGGAGAAGAAAGUAGGGAGUGGCUAUGACUCCCCACCAGUAUUAUAGUGAGGAGAUGGCCCUUGUUAUGGUCACCAAGAUGUAGUAUAUAAGACAGGCUUCAGACAGUUGUAAUAUAGGAGAGUGAGAUUGACUGGGGGGUGGGGCUGAACUGUGGAGAUUUACAGUGCCAAUCUAAACAGAGUUACCCUUUUAGGCCCAUUGUGCUUUCAGACGUUCUUUAGAGGUCAGUUUUUCAUGACAGGCAGCAGCUGGGGAAGAACUUUAGGUAAUAAAAGCUGUAUUUAUAUUAGCCUUAUCCAAUUUUUUCCUUCAGAAUAUUCAUUCAGAUUUUAGAGAAAGAUUGAUCUUUUAAACAACCAGCUCAAGAAAAAGAAGGCAUUUUCCAGCCAAUGACAAGUGUCUUUACAUCCCAUUGGUUGUAAUAGGAGACUUACACAGAGGUUUAUAUUUCUCUCAGUGAAAUCACUCAAAAACACAAGUUCUGAACUUUAUAUUAUGCCCAUUUUACACCUGUGGGAAAGAGGUUUCAAGUUUUGCUUAUGUGCUUGUAACUGUAUAAUAAUAUUUAUUUGUUUCUUUCUCAUAUUACAUUGAGCACGUAGGCAGCAUCUAAUAAAUAAUUAUGUAUAAAA